AUGACGGCCGACGUCAUGGAAAUUGCCCAAGUGAACCUGCAUCAUGCGGCGGCAGACUCAGCUGUCAUUACAAGCAGGUUCACUGCGGAGAAACUGGGCGCACUGCUGAUCCAAGAGCCUUGGGUCUAUAAGGGAGAGAUAAAGGGCCUCAAGACGGAGGCAAAUAAGGUAAUCUGGGACCUCUCUAGCGAGAAGCCUAGGACGUGUAUAGUUGUCAGAAGCAAUAUUGAUUUCUUUUGCAUUUCAGAGUUUUUGAUACAGGACUUCGUGGCGGUACAGGCCAGGGAUACUGCGGGCAAAGACCUCGUCCUGGCCUCAGCAUACUUUCCGGGAGAAACAGCAACGGCACCCCCGGAGGCGGUGGAAAGGCUGGUAGAGCACUGCAAACGGCACAAGCUCCCCCUCAUCAUCGGCUGCGAUGCGAACGCUCACCACACAGAAUGGGGCAGCACCGACUGCAACGCGAGAGGUGAAACCCUAUUAGAAUAUGUUGAGGGAGGUACUGGACCUCACCUUGAGCAAUAA